UGAAGAUGGCGUGCGGCUUGGCGUUUCUCUUCGUAGUUUCCUCUCUUUUUGCCCUCGCAGGGGCUACUCUUCCUUACAAGACAGCUUACUUUGAGCAAAAUCUGGAUCAUUUUAACUUCAUUCAAACCAAUAAGCUCACGUUCAAACAGCGGUACCUCUACACAGAUCAGUACUGGGAUGAAAAUGGACCAAUUUUCUUUUACACUGGCAAUGAAGGACCAAUAACUGGUUUCUGGGAGAACUCGGGCUUUGUUUUUGAAGCAGCUCAGAAGUUCAAUGCUUUGGUUGUGUUUGGUGAACAUAGAUACUAUGGAGAAUCCCUUCCAUUUGGUUCGUCCUCAUUUGAUCACGACAAAGUUGGUUACCUUUCAGUGGAGCAAGCCCUUGCAGACUAUGCUGUCCUACUGACUGAUCUUAAGAUUCAGUUUAAGGCCACAGAGAGUAAAGUUGUUGCCUUUGGUGGCAGUUAUGGUGGAAUGCUAAGUGCUUACAUGAGGUUUAAAUAUCCAAAUGUAAUUGAUGCUGCCUUGGCAGCCAGUGCUCCCAUUUACAUGACCACUUUCCAGGAAAGUGAAAGAGACUUAUUCUUUGCUGCAGUGACAGAGGACUUUUUAAAAGCUGAUGCCAAUUGUCCAGGUUAUGUUAUUACAGCUUUUGAAAUGAUUGAGCUGCUGAAAAAUCAAGGAUCAAAAGGACUUGAUGAAAUUUCAAGGAUAUUUAAACUCUGUAAACCACUCAAGUCAACAGAUCAAAUCCCUCACAUGUUACGUUGGAUUCGCAAUUCUUUCACAACCAUAGCCAUGUGUGAUUAUCCUUACCCUGCAGACCUUUUGGCUCCACUCCCUGGGCAUCCUGUGAACUUGGCAUGUAAAAUGAUGGCAAGUGCAUCAUCCAAGGUUGAAGGUCUGGCUGAGGUCACAGCUUUAGUCUACAAUGGCACUAAUGGAACACUAACUUGCCUAGACCCAGAUACAGAGUUCAUUGAAUGUGCUGACCCCACAGGGUGUGGUCUGGGUCCAGACAGCCUUGCUCAGGACUAUCAGGCUUGCACUGAGCUCACCCUUCCAGCCGGUUCAAACAACAAGACAGACAUGUUUCCACGUCUGCCAUGGACUCCAGAAAUGAUUGCCACAUACUGCAAGGAAAAAUGGGGUGUGGUACCUCAACCCCGCUGAGCACCAAUACAGUUCUGGGGAAAAGAUAUAUCUUCUUCUUCUAACAUUAUUUUCUCCAAUGGUGAGCUGGAUCCAUUUAGAACUGGAGGGGUGUUAGAAGAUGUUUCACUGACACUGGUGGCAGUCCUGGUCAGAGGUGGAGCUCACCAUCUUGAUCUGAGAGCAUCCAAUCCACUGGACCCUCCUACAGUGACACAAGCACGAGAGCAAGAACUGGAACUGAUUCAAAAAUUCUUACAAUAGAGCAGGAAAAUCUUAAUGGACAACAAUUAAAGUUGUCUAAAUAAACUUUUUGUAUGCAUUAAUUCAAUAACAGUUGGAGCUGUCUAUUUUAAUUUUUUAUAAUGUAAUAUAGGAAUAGGCAAUUUUUAAGAAAAUGAUGGUUGUAGAAACUUCAAAUAAGAUUUGCAUGGAGCAUCGGAACAUGUUAAUUAGGAAUUAGAAUUACUGAGGGAAUUUUAUUUCAUGGGAGGGUUAAAGGAACAAGAAAUAAGACUUGGAAGAGAUUUAAAAGCCUCAUCUUUGUUAAAUGCAGUAGUCCAGUGGUCAG